GAGCCGGACACGAUGGACAGGAAGGGCAGUGUAAACAGCGCGUUCGGACACCUUGGAAACACCCCAAUUGCAAUCAAUCCGAGCUCCACUUUCGGCUCCACGCCUGCAGCGAGCGGUCCCGCCAAAAAAGCGAAUGCAGCGCAUGAUCGUCUGAUUGUGGGUGUCGAUUUUGGGACGACGUAUAGUGGCGUCGCCGCAGUGUAUUCAGCCACACCAGACGAUAUCGAUAUCAUAAAAACAUGGCCGGGAGGGAAUGGAAUCACAUCUGAUAAAGUUCCAACCGAGCUUGCGUAUUCUCAGACUGCUUCAGACCCAGCAAAACCCACGCCGAGCAUAAGAUGGGGGUUUCAAUUCAAGCCAGAGGAAAGCCGCCUGCGCUGUAUCAAGCUUUUCCUCGAUAAAUCUCAAAAGCUGCCUUCCUUCGUGUCACCUAUAGAAACAGCCGCGCAACUGCGUCAGUCGCAAAAAACAGUCAUGGAAGCCGUGUCUGAUUACCUGGCCCAGAUUCACAAGCAUACCAUGGAGACGUUGAGCAGGAGAUACGGAGAGACAUUUAUGGGGAUGACCAAGACACAAUUUGUGUUGACAGUGCCGGCAGUUUGGAGUGACGCUGCCAAAGACGCAACUUUACGAGCUGCAGAGAAGGCCGGCAUGGGGAGUCAGGGCGAUUUGAAGCUAAUUAGUGAGCCCGAGGCCGCGGCAGUGUAUACACUGAAAGCAAUUCAGCCCAAUAAUCUGAAGAUUGGAGACAACUUCAUUGUUUGUGAUGCCGAGAUCACGCAACUAAACCCUCUUCGCGUUGAGGAGUCUGCCGUUGGAACUGGAGGUUUAUGUGGCAGCGCAUUCUUAAAUUUCCGCUUCGAGGAUCACGUCAAACAACGUAUAGGCGCCGAGCGUUACACAUGGAUGCGCGAGAAGAAGGCCAAGACGUGGAACAUGGGUCUCAAGUACUUUGAAGAGUUCGUCAAGCGCAACUUCAACGAAGUAGAGAACAAUGAGGUCAAUAUUCCUUUCCCUGGUCUACCGGACGACGAAGAAGCUGGAUUGGACUCGGGGUUCCUGGUAAUGAGUGCUGAACAGGUCAAAGAGAUCUUCGACCCCGUCGUGCAGGAGGUCAUUAAUCUGGUAGAAGGACAGGUCAACUCUAUUCGGAGGAAAGGGGGGCUGGUGUGCGGCAUUGUUCUUGUAGGUGGAUUCGGACAGUCAGAUUACCUAUACUCCCGCAUGAAGCUGCAUUUCAACAGUGCUCCACCACCACCGUACUCGGAGCGCCCUAGCCACGCCAUAACGUUAGACCCAAAUGCCCCACAGGCGAUUGAGAUUUUUCAUCCUAUACAUGCAUGGACCGCGGUCGUGAGGGGGGCGGUAUUGAGAGGAUUGGAGGGCAGUAUGGUGGUCAGUCGGCGAAGCCGGUGGUGGUAUGGAACAAGCUAUGCAACCGUUUUCGAUGAAACUCGACAUCCUAUCGCUGAUCGAUACUGGAGUCCUCUAUGGGAACGAUGGAUGGUCAGUGAUCGUAUGCAGUGGCAUAUCGCGAAGGGCGCUCAAGUCUCAGAAGCAAGCCCGAUUUCUUUCCACUAUACGCGUAACUUCCGCCCUGGCCAGUCCCUCAUCGUAGAAGACGACCUCAUCGCCUGUGAUCUCGACACGGCACCCGAUGCGUACCGGAAAGAGCUCAUCAACGUGUGCACGCUUACCACAGACUUGAACACUGUUCCGAAAAGCCUGUUCACGCGACUUACGACGACAAAGGGCGUCGAGUUUGACAAUCUGGAUUUCACGCUCGAUAUGCGAAUUGAGAGCGCGGGAUUGGUAUUUGAAUUGAGGGUGGAUGGAGUGAAGUAUGGUGGAGUCAGUGCGAAGUUCCAUUGAGGCUUCGUUGCGGGACUGCAAGACGAGAUAUGAACGGCUGCGGAUAUCUACAGGAGCCUCCAGCGAAUAUCGUAUAUGUGAACAAUAGGUAUACACGCAUAGGGGAUAUAAAUGGCAGGAACUGGGGCACGAACAGUCCGAGUCCGAGUUGUCAAAACUAUAUAUGGGAUUACAUGCAACCGAUUGUGUACGACUUUACUAUCAGUGAAC